GUCGUCGCGCCGUGAUGACGUAGAGGAGAAUCUUCAGGAAGCUUGCAAAACAGUUGCGUCAGAAGCUCGCGCACCAGUGUACUACGGCCAGUUCUCGUCUGGAACCCUCAACAACUACGCACUGUACUCGCUGAGACAAAAACACAACCAUGCUCGUGGCAAGGCUAACAUGCCUGAGGAGCCUCCCCUCGCUCGCUGCCGGGCUCCGUCCCGGUCUGGCGAGCGGCUCCUCCGCCCUCAAGAUGAAGCCAUGCCAGGUCAUGUUCACGCCGCAGCAGGGUUUUUCCUCGAAGGCCCGAUUUGGACUCCGCCGAGUGAGAACAACAAGAGACCAACUCAAGGAGGCGGCUUUUGAGUCGACCACGGGCACAGCUAUAAAAUUUGACAGCAUGGGAAGAAUGAUUCUGGCUGGAGGUGCCGCUGUAGGACUUGGAGCUUUAUGCUACUAUGGUUUGGGAAUGUCCAAUGAGAUCGGUGCCAUUGAAAAAGCAGUGAUCUGGCCGCAGUACGUGAAGGACAGGAUCCACUCCACCUACAUGUACUUUGCGGGCAGCGUCGGAAUGACUGCUCUGUCGGCAGUCGCAGUGGCUCGAAACCCGGCACUCAUGGGACUCAUGAUGAGAGGCUCGUGGAUGGCUAUUGGCGCCACGUUUGCGGCUAUGAUCGGUGCCGGCAUUCUGGUCCGGUCCAUCUCGUAUGAACACAGCCCGGUACCGAAGCAUCUGGCUUGGAUGCUGCAUGCAGGUGUGAUGGGUGCUGUCAUUGCCCCCCUCACUCUCCUGGGAGGACCCCUAAUGAUGAGGGCCGCCUGGUACACUGCGGGUAUCGUAGGUGGACUGUCCACGGUGGCUAUGUGCGCUCCCAGCGAGAAAUUCCUCAACAUGGGCGGACCGCUGGCCGUCGGCUUCGGAGUGGUCUUCGCCUCCUCUAUUGGAUCCAUGUUCCUGCCGCCCACCUCGGCUUUCGGGGCCGGACUGUACUCUGUGGCCAUCUAUGGCGGGCUGGUGCUCUUCAGCAUGUUCUUGCUCUACGAUACGCAGAAAGUCAUCAAGAGGGCAGAGACGCAUCCGCUUUACGGCGUGCAAAAAUACGACCCCAUCAACGCGUGUAUGGGGAUUUAUAUGGACACGCUGAACAUCUUCACAAGGCUGGUGAUGAUCCUUGCAAAUGGCGGGGGAAGAAGGAAGUGAACGACUCGGCUCCAAGGGCUUUUUGUUGUUACCAUCUGCAGAGAUAAAUGUAUUUCUUUAGCAGUAAAUAAAGUGUCAAUACUCAAUGGAGUUCAUAUAGGACUUAAAGAACAAUGCUGUACAUAAGACAAGAUUUGGGGAAUUUUGAAAGCAAAACAAAAGGAGGGAUUAUCAUUUAUGCAUGGGUAAAGUGAAAACGGCUCUUAAAGGCAGGGAGGUCUCACUCUGAUGGAAGAAGUUUCUUUGUUUCAUGCCAGUCAGUUAUGACUUACAAUUUCCUAUUUAUUUUUCAUGCUUAAAUGACACUGUGCAGUGGUAAGAUAAGUUUGUUUCUAAGGGAACAGUGUUAUUUUAAUAAAGUAAAAACUCAAUAAAUGACAUUAAUGUU